AUGUUUGUCUCCUUAUGUAUCCGAAACUUUCUUCUUUCUCUCGUUGUUUCAUCUGUGUCUUUCUGGAUCAUAUUCCAUUUAUCUUUCCCAGUCUUUCUCCUCCCUCUUUCUCACUGUUCUUCUCCGUCUAUGUCUAGAUAUGUCUCUCCAUAUUUUACCCUCUUUUUUUAUUGUUCCUCUCUGUCUCCUUAUAUAUCUUAUUCUCUUUUUAUCUUUCCAAUAGUUCUUCGCUCUCUUUUCUCGGUGUUUCUCAAACAUGCUUUUACAAUCUCUCUGUCUUUAUAUGCUGUAAUAUUUCUCCGUUCUCUUUCUUAUUAUUUCACCCGUCUGUUUCAAGAUUUUUUCUCUCCUUAUCUUUCCCAAUCGUUCUUUUCUCUCUUUCUCGUUGUUUCUCUCCCUGCCUUUCUAGCUUGCUUUCUCCUUAUCUUUCAUAAUCGUUCUCAUCUCUCUUUCGCAUUGUUUCUCUCUGUCUCUUUAUAUUUAUAUCAUUAUCUUUCCCAAUCCUUCUCGUCUCUCCCUUUCAUUGUUACUUUCCGUCUCUUUCUUGAUAUUUAUAUCAUUAUCUUUCCCAAUCCUGCUCGUCUCUCCUUUCAUUGUUACUUUCCGUCUCUUUCUAGAUAUUUAUAUCCUUAUCUUUCCCAAUUCUUCCCAUAUUUAUAUCAUUAUCUUUCCCAAUCCUUCUCGUCUCUCCCUUUCAUUGUUACUUUCUGUCUCUUUCUAGAUAUUUAUAUCAUUAUCUUUCCCAAUCUUUUCUCGUCUCCUUUCAUUGUUACUUUCCGUCUCUUUCUAGAUAUUUAUAUCCUUAUCUUUUCCAAUCCUUCUCGUCUCUCCCUUUCAUUGUUACUUUCCGUCUCUUUUCUAGAUAUUUAUAUCAUUAUCUUUCCAAUCCUUCUCGUCUCUCCCUUUCAUUAUAUUUAUAUCAUUAUCUUCCCAAUCCUUCCCGUCUCUUUUCUAGAUAUUUAUAUCAUUAUCUUUUCCAAUCCUUCCUCCUCUCCCUUUCUUGAUAUUUAUAUCAUUAUCUUUUUCAAUCCUUUAUAUCUCCUUUCAUUGUUACCCAUAUUUAUAUCAUUAUCUUUCCCAAUCCUUCCCUGUCUCUUUCUAGAUAUUUAUAUCAUUAUCUUUCCCAAUCCUUCCCGUCUCUUUCUAGAUAUUUAUAUCAUUAUCUUUCCCAAUCCUUCCUGUCUCUUUCUAGAUAUUUAUAUCAUUAUCUUUCCCAAUCCUUCCUGUCUCUCCCUUUCAUUGUUACUUUCCUUCUUCUCUCUUUUCACAUUGUUUUUUCUCUGUCGCUUUCCAGGUCUUUCUCUCAUAUUUUCCAGUCGUUCUUUUCUCUUCUUCACUUUGUUUCUCGCCGUCUCUUUCAAGAUCUUUCUCUAA